AGCCGGUGAUUUGACUGCUCUACUUCCUCAAAAUGUAAACAUUGCUCACCACAAGGCACUGUGAAGUUAAACAGCAAGUCAUGAAUGGUACAGUGUGUGCUAAAUUAUUUGCAAAACACGGUGUUACUUUAGUAGAGAGCCAUAAAGUAGCUGCGAAUUGAAAAAGCUGGAUCGAAGAGGGUUUAAGGAUUUGUAUGCUGUGAGGGAAUGGGUCCCAUCCUUAAAUGGACCAAAUGGAGAACAGUGGGAGCGACGAGGUGGAAAAAUUGAAGACAAAGUUCUUGUCAGUGUGGCACAAUGUAAAGUACAGUUGGGCUCUGAAGUCGAAGACCUCAUUCAGUAGAAAUUCCCCAGUGCUUCUUCUGGGUAAAUGUUACCAUUUUAAGGCUGAAGAUGAUGACAGUCUUACAGAAGCCUGCGGUGAAGCGUCAGAUGAGGACUUUGUCAUGGGAAAUGUGGAGGCUUUCCGGAAGGAUUUUGCAUCCAGACUGUGGCUGACUUACAGAGAGGAAUUCCCUCCUCUGCCUGGCUCUACACUGACCUCAGACUGUGGCUGGGGAUGCAUGCUCAGAGCUGGACAGAUGAUGCUGGCUCAGGGACUUGUACUGCAUUUACUGGGCAGAGAUUGGACGUGGUCAGAGGCACUGUCACUCCAACCUUUAGACACAGAGACGUGGACGACUGUUGCAGCCAAACGUCUGGUUGCGUCUCUGGAGUCCUCUCUGCAGGGCUCCCACAGCCCACCUAGUCCUGGAUCACCAGUCAUGAACCCGUCCCAGGGUCUCGGAUCUGCAGAGGAGGCAGAUUCACAUUUGAAAGACAUGUACCACCGCACUUUAGUGUCCUGGUUUGGGGACAGUCCCUCUGCGCAUCUGGGCCUUCACAGGCUGGUCCGCUUAGGCCUGACAAUGGGGAAACAGGCCGGAGACUGGUACGGACCUGCUAUUGUGGCACACAUCCUCAAGAAAGCUGUUGAAGAAGCGAUGGACCCUGUCUUGGCGGGUAUAACUGCCUACGUCUCCCAGGACUGCACAGUGUACAGUGCUGAUGUUAUCGACAGCCAUAGGGCGCCAAGAGCAGGGCCUGACCCUACUGCCAAAUCAGACGCUCCUCCUUCAUGCGAUGAACAAGCGUCUGCGUCCAGUCCACCAGACAACCGGGCUGUCAUCAUCCUCAUCCCUGUGAGGCUCGGAGGAGAGAAAACCAACCCUGAAUACUUUAACUUCGCAAAGAGCAUACUAAGUCUGGAGUACUGCUUAGGCAUCAUUGGAGGGAAACCCAAACAGGCCUGCUACUUUGUGGGAUUUCAAGAUGACUGCUUGAUUUACAUGGAUCCUCAUUACUGUCAGUCUUUUGUGGAUGUCAGCACCAGCGAUUUCCCUCUCCAGUCAUAUCAUUGCCCCUCACCAAAGAAGAUGCCUUUCAGCAAGAUGGACCCAAGCUGCACCAUAGGAUUUUACUCUAGAAAUGUUAAAGACUAUGAGAGAAUCAGCCAGGAGUUAUCAAAGGUGCUGCAGCCAUCUGCUAGGGAGAAAUACCCAGCGUUCACUUUCAUGCAAGGUCAUGGCAGAGAUUAUGACCUGUCAGCAGGCCUGACCCCAGAGAAGAGAGAAUGGCCCUUCAUCCGGAGGACGGUCACCACCACCGGGGACUUUGUGCUGCUUUGACAGCACGAUUCCAGACUACUGACAGGGAACUUCCUUUUUUAAUGAAUCGUACUGUUUGCCAUCUAAAGCCUUGUGUCAGACACUGUUGAGACACAUGAUGCUUUUGAAAGAAAUUCUUUGAAACUAACAUGAAGCAAUUUUGGUCAAAACAAGUUAACUAAGAUGUUGACAUCAAGUUUUGGUACUCUGGUGUAUUUAAUAACCUACGUAUUUUAUGCACAUAAUGAUGUAAGAGACACAUCUGCAGGAACACCAGCCACUUUACACUGUUAUUUUUAAUACCGUGGCUUAGAAACCAAUUUGGGAGAGAUUUGUUGUCUUUUUUUCUGUUUCUGUUUGGCAAGGUACUGCCACAUUAUGCAGAGGUUUUCAGUUGGGUUAGCAUUGAACUACAUGGAGGAGAGCAAGGUAAAUGUUUUAAUUAAUAUGGAUCAAGGGACCUGUAAUAGACCAAGCAAAGUAUUGUGAACAUUUCUGCCAAAAGCAUUUCAUCAAAGAAAUUGUUUGCCAAGUCAAAACAUUACUUUUACUAUUUAUUGUUAGCUCUUUUUUUUCUUAAAGCAGUAAUACACACUGGUGUAUGUGGCAUGAAUUGAGUGUUUUUAGUGGUAUUAUUUCACUAAGUUAGGCAUCAGUUAGUGAUCAGUGAUGACAGGAGAUUUGGUCAAGUGGAUCAUGAUAUGUACUAUACCUCACCAAGCACUGCCUGCACUAAAAUCUCACAAUGGGAUAUGUCUAAUUAAAAAUGGAGCAGCAGCAGAAGUCAGAUUCAGUUACAGUUAAGUUAUUCACGAAGACGAAUUUAUAUAUAGAGGCAAUAUAUAUGACAAAGACAUCACAGCUGUAAUUAAUGUCCAUAUUAAUAUUUCUAUUUGUAUAUGCUGUGUGCAAUUAACAUUUGCAGAGCCAUUUAAGCAUUAUUUCUGACACAAACAACUCCUUGUGUAACUUUUCUAAUAGUAUUUCCCAAAAUAUUUCUAAAUGUAUUAGAUACAUGCCAAAUCUGCACCACAGCAGUGACUGAAUUAAUGAUCAAAUGCUGUUCUUGCUAAACACUUUUAUGGUAACGUCACUCUAACACACACCCUGAAGUAUUCUGAAUCGGAACCUCACAUGCUUUCCUGCAUAUCCUGUUUUUCUUAAAUUAAUUCAUGAAAUUAAUUUCUGCAAUGUAAAAUGGGUUCACACUAUGCAAGAGAGUUGAAUAAAGUGAAAAUAUCUGACUUUCUUAA